AGAGCCGUUGGAAAAAAUAAGCAAAUUAUGAGCUUUGCCCAACUGGGCUUGAUGAACAUUCGUCAAUCCCUUUUGGGUUAAGACAAAAGUCAAAUAAAGUUGGAGUUUUUACACUUGGGUUUUUCAAUAUUUUGACUUUGAAAUUGCGUACAGUUCAUGUCCUCCUCCGUUCUUUGUUUAUUUCUCCUCCUGUUUAUAUUUGGUUCGGAAUUUCCUUUUAACACGUGAAUAAUCCUGUAUCUAAGUGAUAUUGAAUUUUCUUCUUCCUAUUUUCCUUGAGAUCUUUUCCUGCCUCUGCCAUAUUCUGCUCUGAAUUUAAAGAGUAAAGGAUCUCGAAUUGAUUAUUUAUUUGCCCAAGAAAGAAAGAGAGAAGGAAAAAGGGCGUGAAUGGAGUUUAUAUGUGUAAAUUUCUCUGAUGACCUGUAAAAGAAUGUUGCUUUUGAUCGAGUUGGGAUCUUAUCUGAUUGGGUCUGCUCUGCUAGCUUUCACCAUUCUUGGACGUGAGAAUUAUGGAGAGGAUCCAAAUAACUGUGGACCUUCUUGUUCCGGGGAGGUCUGGUCAGAAAACGAGAAUGAAGAUAUAGACCGUGCUAUUGCACUAUCUCUUUUAGAAGAAAAUCAAAAAGGAAAAAUUGUGGUUGGUUUUGAUUCUCAGUUGGAAGAAGAUGAACAACUUGCCAGAGCCCUACAAGAAAGUCUGAAUGUGGAGUCUCCUCCCCAACAUGGAAAUGGAAAUACAUAUCAACCUAGCACUCCUCCCCAAUAUGGAAAUGGAAAUACAUAUCAACCUAUCCCUCCUCCCAGAUAUGGAAAUGGAAAUACAUAUCAACCUAUCCCCAUGUACUACCCAAUGGGGUCCAGGAUUUGUGCUGGUUGCAAUGCUGAGAUUGGUUUUGGACGAUAUUUGAAUUGCCUGAAUGCAGUUUGGCAUCCAGAAUGUUUCCGUUGUCGUGCAUGCAACCUACCAAUUUCUGAUUAUGAGUUUUCUACAUCUGGGCAUUACCCUUACCAUAAAUCUUGCUAUAAGGAAAGCUACCAUCCAAAAUGUGAUGUUUGCAAGCACUUUAUUCCAACCAACACUGCUGGUCUUAUUGAAUAUAGGGCACAUCCAUUUUGGGUCCAGAAAUACUGCCCUUCUCAUGAACACGAUACUACUCCUCGGUGCUGCAGCUGUGAGCGAAUGGAGCCACAGGACACAAAAUAUGUGCCCCUUAAUGAUGGUCGGAAGCUCUGUCUAGAGUGUCUGGACUCUGCAAUCAUGGAUACCAGUGCAUGCCAACCCCUAUAUCUUGAUAUACAGGAAUUUUAUGAAGGUUUAAAUAUGAAAUUGGAGCAGCAAGUUCCGUUACUCUUGGUUGAAAGACAAGCGUUAAAUGAAGCAAGAGAAGGAGAAAGAAAUGGCCAUUAUCACAUGCCUGAGACCAGAGGCCUUUGCCUUUCUGAAGAACAGACUAUUAGCACGAUUUCAAAGCGGCCACGGUUUGGGGGAGGAAACCACGCCAUGGAAAUGGUAACAGAGCCAUACAAGCUAACUCGUCGCUGUGAGGUGACCGCAAUUCUAAUCUUGUAUGGGCUUCCAAGGUUGCUGACUGGGUCUAUUCUAGCACAUGAGAUGAUGCAUGCGUGGCUGCGGCUUAAAGGUUACCGACCUCUUAGUCAAGAUGUUGAAGAGGGUAUCUGUCAGGUUCUAGCUUACAUGUGGCUAGAGGCCGAGCUUAUAUCUGGCUCAGGCAGCAAUGUGGCAUCAACCUCGUCUUCCUUGGCAUCGAAGAAGGGUACAAGAUCUCAGUUCGAGAAGAAGCUCGGCGGGUUCUUUAAACACCAGGUCGAAUCAGACAUGUCCCCAGUAUAUGGAGAUGGAUUCCGGGCUGGUCAACAGGCAGUGCAGAAAUAUGGGCUUCGAAGUACCUUAGACCAUAUUAGAAUGACAGGGACGUUUCCUUAUUGAGGACUAAAUCCUUGAAUUUUUUUUGGAGGCACUUCUCUUUUCACAUAAUUACGACUUGGCCUUUCAUAUUAGAACCCAAGGCCAAAGUGCAUAGGUAUUGACUACAUGGUAUUAGCUGAUUUUUAUGUUUGUGGCUGUAAUGCCAUGAAUCAAUUUAAUGAUUUGAUUUAUAAUUUUUUUCCUGUCUCACA